UUUGUGUUUUCCGGACAGCCAUUAGGUCUCCAAGGCUCAUCUCAAUUCCGUUCUUGACAUUUGAGGCAUUCCGUUUCUCUCCUUGUCCUUCAGCCACUAUGUUCAGAACGUCCUUGAGAGCUUUAUCACUCAAAUCUGCUCGUUCCAUUCGUGCUGCUAGGUCAUUCUCGUCGACAUGGAUCCGCAGAGAAAGUGAAGGAGCCCGAAUAGCCUGUCUGGAUACGUUCACAGAAGAGGAGCUGAUGAUCAGAGAGACUGUGCAACGAUUUGCAAACGAUGUCGUACGACCCAAAGUCAAAGAAAUGGAUGAGAAUGAACAAAUGGAUCCUUCCAUCAUCAGUGGUUUGUUCGAACAAGGACUCAUGGGUAUCGAGACAUCUGCCGAACACGGGGGCUCUGAAUCUUCCUUCACGUCAGCCAUCAUCGCCAUUGAGGAACUUGCCAAAGUUGACCCGUCGGUCUCUGUCUUGUGUGAUGUUCACAACACUCUCGUUAACACCGUGUUGCGUAAAUAUGGUACAGAAGAACAAAAGGAUAAGUGGCUACCCCAGCUGUCUGAGUCAAAGCUUGGAUCCUUCUGCUUGUCCGAAUCGGCUUCCGGCUCAGACGCAUUUGCACUUCAGACUCGAGCGAAAAAGGACGGAGAUAAUUAUAUUAUCAACGGUACCAAAAUGUGGAUCACCAACUCGUACGAGGCCGAAAUAUUCCUUAUAUUCGCCAACAUUGACCCCACAAAAGGAUACAAGGGAAUAACCUGCUUCAUUGCUACCAAGGACAUGGGCAUUGAAAUCGCAAAGAAGGAGCAGAAAUUAGGGAUCAGGGCGUCCUCGACCUGUACUCUUAGCUUCGACGACGCAAAGAUACCCGCUGAAAACAUCAUUGGUGGAGAAGGUAACGGGUACAAGAUUGCUAUUGAGAUCCUCAACGAAGGCCGUAUUGGUAUCGCUGCCCAAAUGCUUGGUCUUGCACAGGGGGCCUUUGCGUUGUCGGUUCCCUACACAUACACACGCUCACAGUUUGGGCAACCCAUUGGUACCUUCCAGGGUAUGGGCUUCCAGUUUGCAGAAGCCGCCACACAGAUCGAGACCGCCCGUCUUCUGACGUAUAAUGCAGCCCGGAGAAAGGAGAUGGGCUUGGGUUUCGUCAAGGAGGCAGCGAUGGCGAAGUGGUGGGCGAGUAAGGUCGCUGAGAGCGUUAGUGGCAAGGCGAUAGAGUGGAUGGGUGGUGUCGGGUUCACACGCGAGACUGGUGUGGAGAAGUACUGGCGAGAUUCGAAAAUCGGCGCGAUUUACGAAGGAACGUCGAACAUUCAGCUGCAAACUAUUGCCAAGUUCAUUCAGAAGGAGUAUGGGUCUUAAGCACUGGCGGUUUUGUCAUUCAACUAGGUCUUGGACCGUAUCACUGUAUCACUAGCCUUGUGUUUUAUCCAGAACAUCAUGGUACACUAUUCGACAGCAUCAUAUGACACAAAUCGGCCACUUGGCAGCGCGCAUCUCCGUAGUUCAACUGGUGAAUGUUAAACAUGCGAAUACGGUACCAUACAUCGCUGCCAAAAUUAGACAAAUACGCAUCAGUAGGUGCUUAUGCGCUUUGGACCAACUGGCACAGCUAGAGGCUUACCUGGAUGAGCCUGGAUAUCUCCUUCACACCACCGGAAGAAAAUACCUUAAAAAAGUUUGAUGCACCUCACGCCGCGGUCCUUGUAGUUGCGGGGGUAUGUUCCUUUAGAAUAAUGGCUUGGUGAUUGAUAAAUAAAACUUCUCUACCACUUGAUAUGACAGUAACACGGCAGUGCUAUGGUGGUCUCGCCCGGAAAGGUGAUCAAUGGCGGUGGG